UGGAGAGAAUCAGCGAGGAACAACUAAGUUCCAUUAUUAAUUCUCAACUCUUUGAGGGUGACAUUGUGGGUAUCGACGCAGCUACCACGAUAUCGACGUUAAUUUUAAGAGAUGAACCACUAGAUCCAUACGAUUAUUUAUUCAAAAUCCCUUUUCAUAGUGCAUUAAAUUUGGCGACAUAUAAGGAUAAGCUAUGGCCAAAUGGACAAAUACCAUAUUUGUUGGAAGAAGGAAUGUCAGUAUCGCAAAGGAUAGCCAUCGCGCAAGCAUUCGAUGAAUACAAAAGUAAAACCUGUAUAAAAUUUGUACCAAAGACUGAUGAUGAUAUCGAUUAUAUAGUUAUCAAAAGGAAUACAGCCUUCGGUUGUUCGUCAUAUGUUGGACGAGCUGGUGGUAACCAGACGGUAUCCUUAGAAAUUAAUAAAUGUUUUGCAAAGGGAAUCAUUGCACAUGAGUUGAUGCAUACGAUUGGAUUUUUUCAUGAGCAUUCACGUACCGAUCGCGAUCAAUACGUGGACAUCAUCGAGGAAAACAUUCGACCCGGGAUGCUACGAAACUUUGAAAAAUAUCCAAGAAAAGUUAUUGAUUCAUUGGGGAUGCCCUACGAUUAUGAUUCGAUUAUGCAUUAUCACAAACUCGCAUUUUCCAAGAAUGGCCGAUCAACUAUUUUGCCUAAAGAUCGAAGUGUAAAAAUUGGACAGCGAUACAGAUUGAGUGUUAUUGAUGUGAAAAAGAUAAACAAGCUUUAUAACUGUACCCAACCAGCUCUCUCAACACUAUCGCAAACAACAGCAACAAAAGCAACAACAACAGCAACAACAACAACAACAACAACAACAACAACAACAACAACAACAACGACAACAACAACAUUAGCAACUACUGCUGCUACAGUAACCGAUGAAAGAAACAUUACAACUACUACGUUGUCCGCGCCUAACACAAGCGAUCGAUUAGAAAAUACGGUAACACGACAUCCGUUUCGCCCACUUCGGACUAGAAAACCUCUAAUCGUUCGACCUACUAUAAGUACUGUAAAAGAAAGAACAAUAUUGGCCACAGUUUGUGAGGAUCAGAAUGCACACUGUGAAAUGUGGCAAAAACUUGGCCAUUGUCAAUAUUCACCAAAGUAUAUGGGUCACUAUUGCAAAAAAGCAUGCGGACUCUGUCCACCAAAAAUAAAUAAAAAGAAAUUAAAUCGGAAAACGGAAUCAGCACGAUGUUUGGAUAAGAAUUUAUUCUGCAGUUAUUGGGCAAGCAUUGGGGAAUGCAAUACCGGCAAAGAUAUUGUUGGAAAAGAUGACAGACAGUUGCAAAAUAGUAUGGCAUUGAGGAGAGACGUGAUCGGAAGAAUACGUAGACAGCUAUCAACAGUUUUGGUGGAGUGUUUGAAGGCUCCAAAACAUGCCGCACAUUCUCUUGCAAAUUUAACUAUUCCAAAUGCUCCGAAAAUCGUGGAAUUUUGGGAAAAUAUCGUUGACGACGAAUGGAUAGACAUGGGAUUGCUAUUUAAAGAGAUACGAUUUCUCAGACAGAAAAAUUUUUGGUGCCCAAAUCUAUGCUCUGAGGAUUCUGAUAACUCAUCACAUAUAGAAAUUACUGGAGAAAAAAAAAUGCUAAUCGUGUUUGAUACCAGUGGUCUCCUUCGCGACACAACUUUACUACCUCUUUGCUUCGAAAAAUCGUGUCAUAUGCUUAUUCCAUAUACUGUUAUAAAAGAACUGGAUGGACUGAGUAAAAGUGGAUACGAGAAAUUGCGAAAGAAAGUCAUACGAACAUACGGAUUUUUACAUGAAUAUUCGAAAAAAGAAUGUAAUUAUUUGCACAUCGAAAGUAUUUAUGAGGCUUCAUACUGUGUAAAAGAAUUCGGAUGCCAAAACAAUGAUGAUGUUAUCCUGAAAUGCGCACUGAUCAACACUAAACAAUACAGAGAUGAAGGAAUAUUGGUAAUAUUCGUUACAAAUGACAGAGGCCUUGCAGUGAAAGCAACGGCGCAUAAUAUUUACACAGUUGAUACAAAGGAAUUGAUUGAAUUUCUGAUAACCAAAACAUCAGAAGGCAAGCGACAAAUGUUUCUGCAAUACAAUUCAGCAGAAACUCCUGCACAGCAAAAAUUUUUGCAAUACAAAUCAAUAGAAACUUCUGCGCAGCAAAAGUUUUUGCAAUAUAAGUCAGCAGAAACUCUUGCACAAAAAAAGUUUUUGCAAUACAAAUCAGCACAAACUCUUGCACAGAAAAAGUUUUUGCAAUAUAAAUCAGCAGAAAUUUCUGCGCAGCAAAAGUUCUUGGAAUACCAAUUAGGCGAAUCUCCUACAGAGCAAUACAGAUCAACAAGAACUUUUACACAGCAAAAGUUUUUGCACUACAGAUCUACAGAAAUUUCUACACGACAAAAGUUUUUCCAGUACAAAUCAGCACAAACUCUUGUAUAUCAAAAGCUUUCGCAGUACAAAUCAGCACAAAUUCUUGCACAGGAGAAAUUUUCGCAAUACAAAUCGACAGAGAUUUCUGCAAAGCAAAAGUUUUUGGAAUACAGAUUAGCAAAAACUCCUAAUCAACAAAAGUUUUCGCAAUACAAAUCAGCGAGAAUUUCUGGGCAGCAAAAUGGAUUCCUGCAUUCUACAUCUAUUAACUACGGAAUAAAGGGCAAUUCAGUUGUACCUAACAAUUUCGAGAAUUAUUCAUCUCGAAGUCUUACACCAAUAGCAUCCAUGUGUCCAUCUGAGUCGCAAAUCUUUACGCGGAACAAUCAGUUUCCGUUUCAAAACACAUUUCGCACGCCUUUAUGGGGUCAACCACCAUCAUCAAUUUCCACAGAUGCUCACUUUCUACAAACAGUUUUUCAAAUGUUCGCUGAAAUGUCAAAAUCUAGUCUAGCUGAAGGUUAA